GUUGGGGGCGCGGCGCAGCGAGCGGAGCGGCCGGCUGGAGCGCGACGACUACUGCGGGUCUCAGGACUUCCCUGGUGGCACAGGUUAAGAAUCUGCCUGCCAGUGCAGGGGACACAGUUCGAUCCCUGGUCCAGGAAGAUCCCAUAUGCCACGGAGCAACUGAGCCCAUGUGCCACAACUACUGAGCCUGUGCUCUAGAGCCCGCCAACAACAACUACUGAGCCCAUGUACCACAGCUACUGAGCCUGUGUGCCUAGAGCCCGUGCUCCAUAACAAGAGAAGCCACCGCACGGAGAAGCCCGCACACCGCAACGAAGAGUAGCUCCUGCUCGCUGCAGCUAGAGAAAGGCCACGUGCUGUAACGAAGACCCAACACAGCCAAAAAGAAGAGAAAAAAAGAAAAUCCAUUUUUCAUCUGUAAGAUGUGUGAGAACUACAUGCAAUGGCACAUGGCAAGUGCCUAGCACAGGGCCUGACACCUUGAAAGCAGUGUUGGCCAUCAGUCAAAGCAGUCAUUCAUUCAGAAAAUUUUUACUGAUCAUUCUAAAUGCUCUGCCGGGCCCUGGGGAUGUACCUGUGGAUUUAAGACAGAAAGAAGAAAUGACGUAAACCAUUCACUAUCCAGACUUUAAGGUCAAGGUGAGAAGGAAGGUCAGGAGGAACAUGGCCUGGCCAAAUAUUUUUCGGAGAGGAACUCUGCUCUCCCAGUUCAGCCAUCAUCAUGUGGUGGUGUUCCUGCUCACCUUCUUCAGUUACUCGUUGCUCCAUGCAUCAAGAAAAACAUUUAGCAAUGUCAAAGUCAGUAUCUCUAAGCAGUGGACCCCAAGUCCUUUUAACAAGUCAAUUGAACUGCCUGUAGAGAUCUGGAGCAGCAACCAUUUGUUUCCCAGCGCGGAGGAAGCCACUCUUUUCCUCGGAACACUCGACACCAUUUUCCUCUUCUCCUAUGCUGUGGGCCUUUUCAUCAGCGGUAUCAUUGGGGAUCGGCUUAAUUUGCGAUGGGUUCUGUCUUUUGGCAUGUGCUCUUCUGCAUUAGUGGUGUUUGUCUUCGGCACUGUCACAGAAUGGCUGCAUUUCUACAGCAAGGGGCUGUACUGCAGCCUGUGGAUCGUGAAUGGGCUGCUGCAGUCCACUGGUUGGCCCUGUGUGGUUGCUGUUAUGGGCAAUUGGUUUGGAAAAGCUGGAAAAUCCCUUCUGAUUCUGUUGUCUUCUGUCUUGCACCCUACCUGUCGUAGACGAGGAGUUGUUUUUGGUCUCUGGAGUGCCUGUGCCUCAGUGGGCAACAUUUUGGGAGCGUGUCUAGCUUCUUCCGUUCUGCAGUAUGGUUAUGAGUAUGCCUUCCUGGUGACGGCGGCUGUGCAGUUUGCUGGUGGGAUCAUCGUCUUCUUUGGACUCCUGGUGUCACCCGAAGAAAUUGGUCUCUCAGGUAUUGAGGCAGAAGAAAAUUUUGAAGAAGACUCACACAGGCCGUUAAUUAAUGGUGCUGAAAAUGAAGAUGAAGCUGAGCCUAAUUAUUCAAUCCAAGAAGGCAGUGCUGUUACCCAAGUCAAGGCAAUAAGCUUUUACCAGGCUUGCUGCCUGCCUGGAGUUAUAGCGUAUUCACUGGCCUAUGCCUGCUUGAAGUUAGUGAAUUACUCCUUCUUCUUCUGGUUGCCCUUUUAUCUGAGUAACAACUUUGGAUGGAAGGAGGCUGAAGCUGACAGGCUGUCCAUUUGGUAUGAUGUUGGAGGAAUUAUAGGUGGAACUCUGCAAGGCUUCAUCUCCGAUGUGCUACAGAAGAGAGCCCCGGUGUUAGCUCUCAGUCUGCUUCUGGCUGUCGGGUCCCUUGUUGGAUAUAGUCGGUCUCCAAACGAUAAGUCCGUCAAUGCCCUCCUCAUGACUGUCACAGGAUUUUUUAUUGGUGGACCUUCUAAUAUGAUUAGCUCUGCUAUUUCUGCGGACCUGGGUCGUCAAGAGCUGAUCGCAGGGAGCAGUGAGGCUUUGGCGACUGUCACAGGCAUAGUUGAUGGAACCGGGAGCAUUGGAGCUGCGGUGGGCCAGUAUUUAGUGUCUUUGAUCCAGGACAACCUAGGAUGGAUGUGGGUUUUCUACUUUUUCAUUCUAAUGACAAGUUGCACAAUUCUGUUUAUUUCACCAUUAAUAGUGAGGGAAAUAUGCUAUCUUAUGCAAAGACGACAAGCUCGCAUAUUGAGUGAUUGACCGGUGCCCACAAAAGAACAAGAAUGAUAGGAGACACAUCAGGACUAUUAUUUCUUUUUGUUCACCCUAUUUUGGGGUUGUCUUAAAAGCUCCAACAUAACCUCAGAUUGUCAAGCCUCUUUCAACAGUGUCAGCCACUGGAGACGCUGCCCAGAGUGAAGGCUGGGCUGUUUUUCCACACUACAGGAAUUAUUGUUAAUGAUUUUUAUCGCUGUUGUUUCAUGAAUGUACUGAAUGGCCUAUGAAUCUGCCAGCAUCUUUGUUGGCCUGUGGAGAUUUAUCCCCUUAACCGUAAAUGCCGUAUUGGACUUGGACCCUAGUUCUCCAGCCUGGAAUGCCGAGUGACCACAAGACCGUCACGCACGGUUUGAAUCGACGACGUGCUGCAUUUUGCUUUGGUCAUGAGUUUGCAGGGUGUGGCUCUUCUCCGAACAGUCAAAUCCUGAUAAAGCACUCCAGCCAGGUCCAGCCUGCCCUGGACAGAGAAUCCCUUUGCUAACCAUGGUGGGAAAAAUCACACUACAUGUUGAUUGGCUCAGUUACUCUGUAUCUGCUCUGAAGUCGAUCAGUUCCAGAAGCAGAAAUAUCUUCAAAUGAUUGUCAACUUGUUCUCCUCCCAUCUUCAUUCAGAAUUACCUUUGACUCCUGGAAGUCUUUAGUCUUCCUUUCAAGGACCAUAAGGUACCUCAAUUGUGAACAUUCCAGUAUGUAAUUUAUAACCGAAGUACUCAACCCCAGACUUGUUCUCUGGGAACUUUAGGACCCACUAGGAAGCUAAUCAGCUUAGCCCUAUUUUCAGAGGAUUGACCUCUGUCGCAACCGGGUUCCUUGCGUUACCUCAGCAGAAGACUAGAAUUAGAGAAAAAAGAAAGACCUUUUGGCCCUGUAAGUGUUAAGUAUGUGACAGUGAAUCACAUUAACGGAUUACUAGGGCCUGAGGUGUAUCUAGGUGUCUAUUCUAUAGAAGUUUUAGAGUAUAUGUCUUCAAGGCUGUGAAUUCUAUACUAAUUAUCAAUAUUUUAAGGUCAUACUAUAUAUAUAUUUUAAAUUAUGGAAGUGAACAGGUGAAAAAUGUACAAUUUUGAGGGCUGCCUAAUUUGCAUCGGGUUAGGGAAUAUUUUUCAACCUCUUGCUUUAUACUCUCAAAUGCGGUGCAUUUAUGAACUUGUUAAUGUUAUUUAAUCAAGCAGAUUUCCAAUCAGUUCAUUGCUCAUUACUGACAAAAAGGGAAAAUUUGAAACACAGAAAGGGAAAAUAAACUGACUUUUAUAAUAAA